AUGGUUCGUCUCUUGUCUGCCUUGAUGGGACUGGUGAUUCUACAGACUGCCGCCGUUCUAUCAUCCGAAGCACAGGAAUGCACUCUGGAAUGCCCCAUAGAUGCUCCUUGUCAAAUUGGUUCGGCCAACUUGGCAGCACACACAAUUUCCCUUGGAGAAGGUGCCCCUUCCAAUACCAACGGCAUGCACUGCGCUUGUCCCUAUGGAUGGACGGGCGUCCUCUGCGAUCACAAGUACGAAUCCUGUGACGAAGGACACAAGUGUUAUCACGGAGGAGAAUGCGUUCCCGGAAUGAAGGACAAGUUUGGAAACGACCAACUCUUUUGCGAUUGCAUCAAUGCUGAGGAAUCUGAUGGAACUCGCUAUGUUGGAAAAUACUGCGAGACGCCUUUUGAAAAGCUCUGUGACGCGGAUGGAAAUACUUUUUGUGUCAAUGGUGGUGAUUGCAAUCCAAGUUUUCCAACCUACGAUCCCAAUCCUUGCAUUUGCCCGGAUGGCUGGGAAGGCACUCAUUGCGAAUUCAAAAGGGGAAGCGUCCCGGACUGUACCCUGGAUUGCCAAAAUGACGGCCUUUGCGUAGUUGGCAUUCGAGAUCCCUCCGAAGCCAAGACGAUGCGUCACGUUUGGUCCCAACAAGAAAUUGACGAUCACAUGCAAUGUCUCUGUACGCAAGAUUUUGGUGGACCACUUUGCGAGGCCUCGGCCGAAGAUUGUGGUGGUGAUACCUGUUACCACGGUGGAAGCUGUGUGGAAACCAAAUACACGAAUUCCAUGGGUGUCUCCACCCAAGAAUAUCACUGCGACUGUACCACUGCUGCCGACCAAGACAAACUGUUUGCUGGCAAAUACUGCCAAUAUCCUUCGGAAAGAUCUUGUUCGGACAGCAAUGAAAAUUUGUGGUGCACCAAUGGCGGAACCUGCAGUGCCGAUUCCACGAAAGGAUGCGAUUGUCCUCCCGGGUACAAGGGCUUCAAGUGCGAGUACCGGGACGAAUCGUACUUUGAUAACAAUGACAAGGACAUGGAUCAUUUUGAAAAAUGCGGCGAUGUCUAUUGCUUCAAUGGCGGAGAAUGUGUUACUACCACCCUCCGACUCACGGACGGAAGUAUCGAGGCUCAACAGAGCUGUGAUUGCACUCACACCUUUGACGGAGUCCAUUAUUGGGUCGGAUCUAGUUGUCAAUACAAAUCGACCAGCACCUGUGGUAAUACCGACAAGAUGUUUUGUGCCCAUCAAGGAGAAUGUCCCACUCUGGAGAACGACAGGAGCUGCAAGUGUCCUGAUGGAUGGGAAGGAGAUCACUGCGAAAUUCAUAUUUACGCUCUCGAAGAUGAAUAUCCAAAUGAUCCCACCUGCGGCGAGAAAGUUUGCUUGAAUGGAGGAUCUUGCGUGGAGACACGAGUGAUCCGAGGCGCCAAUACACUUUCGGAAUUCCACUGUGACUGUUCCACCGCCUUUGAUGACAAUUUUCACUUUGCUGGAGAGUCUUGCCAAUAUCCUUCGACUCAGACAUGCACCCACGAUGGCGAUUCCAUGGAAGGAAGGAAAUUCUGCACCAACUUUGGAACUUGUCAAGACGAUCCUAAUGCUGGAUGCAAGUGCCCAGCAGGAUUCAAGGGCUUUUCUUGCGAAUUUGAAGAUCUCGUCAAUGAUCCAGUCAUUGAGAACCAACCAGAUGGCUACGAGACUUGUGGAGACGACCUCGUUUGUCAUAAUGGUGGUACUUGUGUUACGUCACUUUUCUAUGCGGAAGAUGGAACUUCCUCCGAAUCCAAGCAUUGCGAUUGUAGCACAGCCAUUACCGAAACCACUGCUUGGGCCGGGAAAAUGUGCGAGUUUGAAGCUUCCAAGUUCUGUACCAAGCCAUUGGAAGGAAUGGGAUUGGAGAGCACAUACUACUGCGUCAACAACGGGGACUGUAAUCCGAAUGAUGUCCGUCAAGGUUGCGAUUGUAAAGCUGGAUUUACUGGCUUUCGAUGCGAGUUUCUUGAAGAAGCUAGUGACAUCUUGGACGAUCCUGCCAACAACAAUAACGAAGUAGCUUGCGGAGAUUUGACUUGCUACAAUGGCGGAAAAUGCGAGACUAUUGACACGACAGAUACCAACACUGGUGAAACGUCUAUUCUCUACGAAUGCAACUGUGUUGGAGCCACCGAUGGAUCCUAUUUCUUUGCUGGCCCUGAUUGCAAUUAUCAAUCUUCAGAUAUUUGCUCGCAGGAUAACCCAGCAGGAAUGUUUUGUGUCAAUGGUGGUCAAUGUGAUGGCAUCGACAAUUGUAAAUGUCCUUCGGGAUGGACCGGCAGCAUGUGCGAUGUUCUUGUCAAGGAUGACCAACACGCCGACCAAGGAGAAAAAUGCGGAGAAGGUUACUGCUACAACGGUGGACAAUGUGUUCAAACACAAAUCAACAUGCCAGGUGGCAACACCGUUACCGAGUAUCACUGUGACUGUGCGUCUGCGUUUGAUGACACCCAUCGCUACGGAGGCAUUUCCUGUGAGCACAAGUCGACAAGCUUCUGCUCCCGAUCCAAUCAAGGAGAUUCCCUGGCAAGCGUGGUGUUCUGCGCCAACAAUGGAAAAUGUGACGAUGAGAAUCCCGAUCGUGGUUGCAACUGUAAACCUGGAUGGACUGGUCUUGCCUGCGAAUUCCGCGAUGAGCCAGACGGAGAAGCCGAAGAUAAUGGAGCUGACAAUGCAGAGCCAUGCGGAGAUUUAGCUUGUUUCAAUGGUGGCCAAUGUGUCUCUACUACCAUCACCGAUGCGUCGGGACAAAAGAAGGACAUGAACCAUUGCGAUUGUUCCAGCGCCUUUACAGAUACUGACACGUUUGCAGGCGCUCAAUGCGAGUACAAGCAAACUACUUUCUGUUCGGAACCGGCGCAAGGAGAAGACCUAUCCGCCGUCCAGUAUUGCACCAAUAAUGGAAGCUGCCGAGAGAACAUUCUUUCUGGAUGCGAUUGCCCAGAUGCCUUCUUUGGCUUUAGAUGCGAAUAUGCUUCAGACGCUACUGAAUUGGUGGACAAGGCCGACGAUCCAUUGAUUGUCGACGAAUACGUGGAGUGCGGGGAUGACUACUGCUACAAUGGUGCAACUUGUGAGACUUUUGUUCUUGGAAAUGGUCAGUCGGACUACCGUUGCAACUGUGAUACUGCCGCAACUGGCUCGAGUCUCUUUGCAGGCAAGAAUUGCCAAUAUGAAAUGACUUCCCUUUGUACCAGCGGCACUCUUGAUUCACUCAGCACAGCAGACUUCUGCGUCAAUAAUGGUAAAUGUCCUGAAGGCGACGAUGACGUUGGCUGCUCUUGUCCUUCUGGUUACACUGGCUACCGAUGCGAUGAACCAAUCUACGCAAAUGAAGACAACGAGGACAACGUCAUUCCUAACGAUCCUGAAGAGCGAGAGGACGACACAGACUUCUAUCGUUGCAAGCUGGAUUGCAAAAAUGGUGGUCAGUGUGCCAAGGGUGCUAAGGAUCUAUCCCAUUUGGAUGGUGCAGUUGAUCACGUGGCUCACUUGAAUCAAACCUAUGACGAACGAUACUUCGAACAUUGUGAAUGCGAGGAAGGAUGGUUUGGGUUGGAAUGCGAACACAAAGCCGAAGUGUGCGGUGCCGACGAGCAUCUCUGUCUUCAUGGCUCGAAGUGCGUCAAGAAUAAUCAACAGCACGGUUGCGACUGUUCUCAAGCCGACGAGGCGCUUGGAGUCAAAGAUAGUAGCUUGUUCGCUGGAGAUUCGUGUCAGCAUCCCGCUACUGAUAUUUGCACAUACGGAAAUAACGUCCCAGGACGCCCAUUGUACUUCUGCACCAAUCAAGGAACCUGCAACGAUUACGUCUCUCCCUCGGACCCAAAUCCAGGAUGCUCAUGCCCUCCUGAAUGGACUGGACCACACUGUGAAAUGAGAUUUGAUGCACAAAUAUCGGAGGAUACAAAAUCACCAGCAUCGAAUUCUAACGUUGCAAUGGGGCUUGCAAUCGCCUUCCUGAUCAUGGGAAUCAUGGCAUUUACCUACAUUUUCAUGAACAAGCGACCAAGGGAUCCUUCCAGUACUUGCAUGCCAUUCCGCAGACGCAAAACACAUUCCGGAUUUGAUCCUGAUGAUGACAGCAAUAACAUUGCUCCCAAGCGGUCGACCUUUGCCAGUCCCUCCAACGAUAUGAACCCACCACCAUCGAGAACUUUUGCCUUGCGAAGUGGAUCAGAUCCAAUGUCGGCAUUCCAACUGGAUCCUGAUGACGAACCUGAGCAGUUCCGAGAUGAUCCCAGAUCAUCAUAUCGUGAUGAGCCAACAUCAGGGUACCGUGAUACUCAAUAUCAAGACGACCCUGAUGAUGAGCCAGAUUCCCCGGUCUUUGUCGAUGUUGGUCCAUCUAGAGAUGAAGAUGGGAAUCAACUCAAUGAUGUUGAAUUCAUCUAG